CCUCCACUCACCCACACCUCCUACACCCCACAUUCACACACACCCCCAUUUUCCGGAUGCACCUUUCCGGUUGUCCCGGGAUACGGGCCUUUGCGGGUCAUUUCCGGGCUGACGAACAGAAUGCUGCGUUUGGUGACGGCUCCAGCGAGACUGUUCGGGACCGCAACAGGAAAUGUGAAACCAUUGGAUGGAGUUAAAAUCCUAGAUCUCACAAGGGUGUUAGCCGGACCCUUUGCCACAAUGAUCUUGGGAGACCUGGGUGCAGAAAUCAUCAAAGUAGAAAGACCAGGUGCUGGUGAUGACACUCGAGCCUGGGGCCCACCAUUUGUGGGAACAGAAAGUGCCUACUUCCUUAGUGUAAAUCGAAAUAAAAAGAGUAUAGCAGUGAAUCUGAAGGACCCUUGCGGUGCUCGUGUUAUAAAAGAUCUGGCAUCGGUUUGUGAUGUGCUGAUUGAAAACUAUGUUCCUGGGAAGCUAGCAGAAAUGGGACUGGGAUAUAGGCACAUACAGGAGAUUGCACCACACAUAAUUUAUUGUUCAAUUACAGGUUAUGGACAAACCGGCCCAAUGUCACAGCGUGGGGGUUAUGACUCUGUAGUAUGUGCUGUGUCUGGCCUCAUGCACAUCACUGGCCCACAGGAUGGUGACCCUGUUAGGCCUGGAGUGGCUAUGACUGACCUAGCUACAGGCUUGUAUAGCCAUGGAGCCAUAAUGGCAGGAUUGCUACAGAAAGAGAAGACUGGAAAAGGCCUGCAUAUUGACUGCAAUCUGCUUUCAUCCCAGGUUGCUUGCCUUAGCCACAUAGCUGCAAAUUAUCUUACUGGUGGAAAGGAAGCGAAACGAUGGGGAACAGCACACGAGAGCAUUGUUCCAUACCAGGCUUUUGAGACAAAGGAUGGCUAUCUUGUGGUUGGAACAGGAAAUGAUCAACAAUUUUCAGUUGUUUGUAAUAUCUUGUCCUUACCUGCACUAAGUCAAGAUCCUAGAUUCAAGAUGAAUAAACUUCGUGUACAGAACAGAAGAGAACUUAUUGAUAUCCUGUGUGCAAGAUUUCUAGACAAGACAACACAAAACUGGUUGGAACUGUUUGAAGGUAGUGGUGUACCAUAUGGUCCAAUAAACAGCAUUCAACAAGCAUUCUCUGAACCUCAGGUAAUACACAAUGACCUCAUCUUAGAAAUGAACCAUCCAACUGUAGGAAACAUAGCUGUUCCAGAAUUUUCAGGCCUGAAUCUCUCAAAAAGCGAUUUGAAGAAAGUCAUAGAAUGUCAGAUGUCUGAAGAAGGGUCCCAACCCAAAACAUCAACUUUUCUGCUCCUCAGCUGCUGCCUGGCCUGCUGUGUUCUUCUAGCUCCACACUGUAUUAUUCUGACUUCAGCAUCUGCAGUUCUUGCUAUAUCAAAAAGUGAUGUUCUUUUAUUUGAUUAUGGGAUGUAGAUAUUGCAGCAGGCCAUCAUUGAUUGCCGAUCUCUAAUUUUCCAUGAAAAGGUGGUUGAGUUGCUAUCUUGAUGUGCUGUAGUCCUCGGAAUGUAGGUGCACCAACAGUAAUAUUAUGAAAGAAAGUUUUAUAUUUGAUCUAGCAACAGUGAUGGAAAGGCAAAUUAAUCCCAAUAUAGGAUGGUAUGGGGAGUUGAGGGGAAUUUGCAGAUGAUGGUGUUCUUUUGCAUUUGCUGCCCUUGUUCUUCUAGGUUGUAGAGAUUGCAGAUAAUUCAAAGGAAAUAUUGAAGGAGCCUGAGUGAUUUGCUGAAGUGCAUCUUGUAGGUGGUACAUGCUGCUGCCACCGUAUGUUGCUGGUGAAGGUAGUGAAUGGGCACCAGUCAGGCACAUUGCUUUGCCCUGGAUGGUGUUGACUUUUUUGAGUGUUGUUGGACCUACACAGGUACAGGCAUGGGAUGACUAUUCCGAUCCUCCUGACUUUUAGAUGGUGGAUGGACAUAGGGGAGACAGGGAGUGAGUUAUUGCUGCAGAAUUCUUAGCUUAUGACCUGCUCUUGCCACUGUAGUAUAUGUAGCCAGAAGUGGUGUUGAACCUGGGGUAAUCACCAAUGGACAUCCACACUUCUGACAUUAUGGUUGGAAGGAAGGUCAUUGAUGAAGCAGAUGUAGUCUGGGCCACUACCGUGAGGAACUCCUGCAGAGAUGCCCUGGGACUGAGGUGAUUAACCUCUAAUAACCACAGCUAUCUUCCUUUUUACCAGGUAUGAUUCCACCCAGUGAAGCGUUUUCCCCUAAUUAUCAUAGACACGAGUUUUCUGGGCCUCUUUAACGCCACAGUUAUAUUCUGUUUUUCAAGGUUGGUUAAUACUCUCAUGUCAUCUCUGAAGCUCACCUUUUUUUGCAUUUUUGAACCAACCUUGUAGUGAGCUCAGCAGUUGAGUGACCCUGUGAGCAGGUUUUAGCUGAGCAAGUGGCAGUUAAUAUCUCUGUCAAGGAUUUCUUUCAUCACUUUCUUGAUGAUCAAGACAGGCAUGACCGCCCCUUGAUGAAGUCGUGGUGAUUCAGCCGUAUUUUACAAUAUAUUUCCAAGUUCUGCGCAGUGUCGUCCUUGCUGAUGGAUUCUACAGUUUAACCAAUGACCAAGCUCAGGCUAGCUGGCCUAUAGUUUAUUACCUCCCUCCUUAAACAGGAUGUUACACAUGUCACUUUCUAAUUUUUUGGGAUCUUCCCUGACUCCAACGAUUCCUGAAAGAUCACCACCAAUCCGUCUACAAUCUCCUCAGCUUUAGAACCCUGGGGUGUCGUCCGUCUGGUUGGGUGAUUUAUCCACCUUCAGACUAUUCAGCUUCUCCAGCACCACCUCCUUAGUGAUGAAUACUACACUCACAUAUGCCCACUGACCUUCUUGAAGUUUUGCUCUGCUACUGGUGUCUUCCACUGUGAAAACUGAUGCAAAAUCCAUAUCCUUAAGGCAGCACAGAAGCUCAGUGGCUAGCACUGCCUCCCCUGAGCACCUAGAUCCCGGGUUUGAACCGAGACCCUGGGUUCGAUUCCACCCUCUAAGACAACUGCCUGUGCAGAGUUUGCAUGUUCUCCUCAUGUCAUCUUGGGUUUUCUCCACAGAGGCGCUGCAGUUUCCUCUCUCAGUCCAAAAAUUUGCAAGUUAUGUGGAUUGACCAUGGGAUAUAUGGGGUAACAGGAAUAAAGUAGUGGGUGCGUAUGAAUGGGAUACUGUUUGGAGAGUCAUUUUGGACUCGAUGGGUUGAAUGGCCAGCUUCCAUACUUUAGGGAUUCUAUGAAUUCCCUGAGUAAGAUUAGUCCAGCCCUUUGUGGACAAAACAUACUUGAGUACAUUUCCACAUUGUCGCGUAGAUCCACUUGGGAAAGCUGAAACAGCUUGUCUCGGAGCACAUAGUUUAGAAGCACAAAUUUUUCAUGCUAUUGCCAGAAUGCUGUCAUGACAUAUCCUUCAGCACCUUCAAAAUUGUUGUGAUAUCUUGUGAAAUGAACAGAAUUAGCUGAAGCCUGGUGCCGGUGAUACUGGGUCCUCUGCAGGAGGCAGUGAUGGAUCAUCCCUUUGGAACGUUGGGCAGAUGACGAUACAAAUGCUCCAGCCUUGCCUUUUACAUUGGUGUGUUGGGCUCUGCCAUCAUUAAGGAUGGGAAUUUUUGUGGAUUUCCUGCUCCUGUUAAUUGUUUAAUUGUCUACCACCAUUUACGACUGGAUGCAGCAAAAUGGCAGAGCUUAGAUUUGAUUUGUUGCAGGAUUACUCAGUUCUGUCUAUUGCACACUGCUUCCACUGAUUAAUGCAAAUAAUUGAGUUGAAGUUUCACUAGGUUGAUACCUCAUUUUUACAUAUGCCUUGUAUUGCUACUGGCAUGCCCUCCUGCAUAUUUUAUUAAACUAUUUUAUCUUAAGUUCCCUGGCUUACUGGUAAUGAAAGAGAGGGGGACAUAUGCUGGGGCAUGAGCUUACAGAAGUGGAUGAAUGCAAUUCUGAUGCUAAAUAGGCCUAAUAAAGCACAGUGCUAUGGUCACUCCUACCGAAAUUUUUGGACAGAUGCACACUUGGAUUGGUGAAGGUGAGGGCAAGUGUGUUUUUCUCUUGUGUUGGUCCCCUCACCACCUCCCACAGACCUGGUCUGCAGCUACAUCUUCUCCGAAUUGACCAGCUUGGUCAGUAGUGGUGCUAAUGAGCUUGCUUUUAGCAAUGGACAUGGGAUUCAGCUAGCCAGAGUACAUUUUGUGCCCUUGCCAGUUGGUGUUGAUUCAUCAGCUUAGUCGGAUGUAGUCAGGAGGUUUCUGCGCCCAUGUUUGACCUGAUGCCAUAGGACUUGAUGGGAUUUGGAGUCAAUGUUGAAACCCCCGAGAGCAGCUCCUUCCCUGUAAACUGCUGUACUGCUACCUCUGAUGGGCAUACAGUAAUAAAAGACGGCAUUGUUAAUUCAAUGUUAUUAGUUAAUUCUAUUAAUUCAGUGCUUUUAAUUAAGUUAUAUGAAAUAGUACUAGUAAUGCAGUGAAAUUAAAUAGUCCUGGUAUCACUGAUGUUACUCACCAAUAAUAAAUGGCACUAUUAAUACAGUGAAGUUUAUUAGAAAUAUUAAACAGUGAUUAAUCCAGUGAUAUUAAAGAAUUGUUAAUCCAUAAUUGGAUUCGUUAAUACAGUAAAUGGUGAUGCUAAUUCAGUGUUAUUAAAAUGAUUUGUGUAUCCAUUAUUGUAAUAGGAAAUGGUGCUAAUAUUCAAGUGAUAUUUAGUACAGUUGUCAAUCUAGUGUUAAUGUGAACUAUUAAGCAAUAUUAAAUAGUACUGUUAAUUCAGAGAUAUCAAAUAGUGCUGUUUAUCAUAUGAGAUUAAUUCAGUGGUAUUAAAUGGUGCUCUAAAUCUAGUGAUAUCAAAUUAAACUCUUAAUCAAAUUAUACUAAUACUGCUAAUCCACUGACAUUGCCCAGUGCUAUUAACCUGGUGAUAUUAUGUUGUGAUGUAAUGAAAUUAUAGAAUCUUACAAUACUGAAAAAUAUUCAUGCAUGCACGAACUCCUUGAAAGAGCUUUCUAAUUAGUUUCACUCUUCUACUAUUUCCCCGUAUCCCUGCAGUGUUCUUCCUUUCAAGAAUUUACCCAAUGCCCUUCAACCACUUCUUUAAGCCACAUAUUCCAAAUCAUAACUAGGUGUGUAAACUAAUUUACUACUUUUCAUUUUUGGUUAUUUGAACAACAGCUUUAAAACUGUGAUCCUGUGACAGUGGGAAUUGAUG